GCCGUCCGUUCCCGGCGUGCCCCGCGCCGCCAUGGCCGACCUGUUCGAGGGGAUCGUGAUGGCCGAGCAGAGGUUCCACGGGGAGGGCUACCAGGAGGGCUUUGCAGAGGGCAGCCGCGCUGGAAUGGCUGAGGGAAGGAGGUAUGGAGCACUCCAUGGAGCCCGGAUUGGCUCAGAGAUCGGCUGCUACCUUGGCUUUGCACUGACGUGGCACUGCCUGCUCCAGAAGCACACAGAUGAAAAGAACAGCAAAAAGAUGAGGGCUCUGGAUUCAUUAAUAGGGAUGAUUCAGAAAUUCCCAUAUGAAGACCCCACUUAUGAUAAGCUGCAAGAAGAUCUGGAAAAAAUCAGAGGAAAAUUUAAACAGGUUUGUUCAAUGCUAAAUAUUCAGUCUGAUUUUAGAAUUGGUACUGAGAGAUCUUCACUAACAUUUUGAAUGCAACAGAUGAAGAUAAAUAUGGAUGACCAAAGGAAAAAAGCGUUAAAAGAACAGAACUGGAAAAAUGUUUAUCUACUUUUGUAUUAAAAAAAAAAAUCAAAAUAGUGAAGAGAUGUUAGAUGUUAAAGGGGGAAAUCACUGGACUUGCAAUGUAAUUUACCAUUUAUUAUCUCCAAGUUUUAUUUAGGAUAUUACACACACUAGUGUGUAAAUAUGUUAAAUAGAAAUACUUGUUUUAAUUCUUUGCUAGUCUUUUACUGGUAAUUCCUCAAAAGGAAAACAAGUGUUUGCACGGUUUCCUUGUUUUAAGGAUGGUUGUUACUUAAAAAUCUGUGUAUGCAGAUCAUUCACUUUACACAAUGUGUAGGUGCUGUAGGGGAAGGAAAAUAAAAUCAAUUCCCUGCAGCCUUUGAAGCAGGAAACAUUUUUGUGGGCAGAGGAUGGAAUGGCAAAGGAGGUCAGAAUGCAAAGGAGAAGGAUGAAGAUGCCUGCUCAGAACAUGGAAUUUGCACCUGGAUUUUCCAAUAGUUUUGCAGACUGAGGAGGGGGAAGGGAGCAAACUCCACAAAAAAUAACCCCCAAAAGUUACCGGUUUAAAUGGUGGGUGAGAUAAACAUGACUGCCAGAAGAGCUGUGGUUCUCACUGACUGUAUUUGUUGGUACCUCUUAUCACAGACCAGCUUUUUAUUUGCCAGCCUUGAAAAGUGACCUCUUCAGUCUCAUUCCAGAUCAAUGGAUGCUGCCAGCUGCAUGUAUUUCACUGUGUUAGUUGGAGAGAAAUACCUGGAACAGGCUUAGCUUGGGCUGCUGGAUGUCUCUGCAUUCCAGUUCUGUAAGGAAUUCCAGCAGAAUUCUUUCGCCAACUGUACCCUGUGUGUGUCUGGCUCUGCCUGCGUGGCACAGUGCAGCCUCCUGAAGACAGGUUUGAGGAUUUUUGUUUGUUUCAUUGUCUUACACGUGAGGUUUGAUGCACACAGGCAGUGUCAGAGCCAUCUAGUGGAUGUGUAGGACUGUAAGAGCUCACAAAGAUUUGUGUGGUGAAGCUGUUAAAACAGUACAGAAUGUCCACAGUCAUGAUAAUUCUAAUUAUGUGGAGAACUUCUUUGACAUGAAGUAACACUGAGCUAGGAUUCAUUUGUACUUGUUCCCUCGUUUGCAAAAAUGCCUGUAAAAGCAAGGGCAGGGUUGUGAGAGCUCCAGGUGGAGCAUUUGUUUGAUAGAAGUGUGUGAUACGUGAGCGACAGUCCAAGGUGCUGCUCCAGAGAUUGUGUCAAACACAGUUAUUUUUGUUCAGCUCAGGAGAGGAGGGGUCUUUGGCAGUCAAGUGGUGACUGUUACUUGGAAAAUUGGUUUGGUGGCUAAUUUUCUUGUAUUGCUUUAGUUUUAUUUUUAAUAAAAUAAUAUUAUAAUAAGUUAUUAUAUAAAUACAUGUGUGUAUGUACACACUUAACCAUAAGUAUUGUAUCAACCAGGAUUUCCAGCUGGGAUGUACCAAGUUUAGGAUUAUCUCUUAGGUCUUUAAUUCAAUUUCAUCUGUGUUUACACACUGAUGGAGUCUCUUCUUCCAUGAGUCUGUAUUUUUCUGAAUAUCUGCUGCUUCGCACUUUGUGUGGGCCUGAUUUGGUUUAUUAAAUGAGGUACAGUUCAAAAUUAUUUUGGAUGUGCAGUUGUGUCAAUUAUCAUUUUCUGCAGUGAGUUGUGGGGGUUUCUGUGACGUUCAGGGCUGUGGCAGUGGAACAUUCCCUGCAUUCUGUAGAGGUGUUUUUAUGCCUGAUUUACCGCUAAGGAGGUUAAAGCCCAGGUUACAUCAAAAAUAUUCAUUUGUCUUAGGCUGGGUCACAAAGAUAUGAAAAAAUAUGCAACCUUGUACAUUAUGAUAUUGGUUAUUAAUAAAGCAGGACAUAGAGAUUGUUGCUUGAUGCUGAUUGUCCAAGAAGUUUUAAAUCUUGCAGAAGUAAGACUUAAAAAUAUAUCUGUGUAUUCAUUCGCCACCCCUACUUAUAGCUCAGUAGUUAGGGAGGAAUGUUUGAAACAUUUCUCUUACCAAUUUCUGACUUGCCUGGACUGUGUUCUAGCUUGUUUUGUCUCUUCAUCUCUCAGCUGAGCCUGUGGAAUAUGGAAUUUUAUUAAAAGGUGGAUACACAGCUCAUUACUUCUAGGCUGCUAAAGUCAUUGCAAUCCAGAAUACUUGUAAUUUUCCUUUCUGCAGUGUGUUAUGAGUACAAGAAACAGUGAAUUUUGAGGCAUCAGCAGAGAGAGGUAAACUUUGAAUACCAUUUGGUAAAGUUCCCAGGCACAGUUCUUGUUCUGUCUUCAUUAAGCAACUUCCUUUCUAUUUCCUGUCAGCUGUAUCAAAGGUGAUCAAUUCCAGCUUUGAAUUAAUACCUGUAAUCAACAGAAAUGGGUGAAAUAAAUCAGAAAAAAACAUAA